UUCCUUUUUCUCAUUUCAGCUUGGAUGAUAGCAGUUCAAUCUCGAGUGGAAUCAGUGACACCAUUGCCGAGAUCAGUACUGACGAUAACAUCACAGGAUCUUCCAGAAACUCCUGCGACUCCUCCAAGAACCUUGAGCUCUGCGGUGAAGCCAUCUCCUUGGACAGCCUCUCUCUUGUCAAGGCAGCCACCGACAAAAAUGCCCACCGGAAAUCUUCAUCGCCUCGGCGCGAGAAGAAGAAUGGAGACAGUGGAGCCGGAAGCAAGGUGAACCGCGGGAAGCAUACGUCCAAGGACGGUAAGAUGGAGGAAAGCAAUGGGAAAACGAGGCAAGGGAAGGCGAGAACAGUCACAGAUGGCGGAGAGAAGGGAGAAGGUGCUCGCGGUGGGAGUCGGUCUGGAGAGUCGCCGAUAAGAGGUCAACAGCAAGGGGCGUCAGGUGCGCACCCGCCUCAGGGUGGUCCUCCAAGCUGGCAGAGGAGCCUUGACCGGUUACAGGUCAAGCAUCGGCAACAGUUUGGACGAGACCCCAACUUCCUGAUGAGGGUCUCACCUGGAGGACGUAUCGGAACAGUGACGAGUAACGCUGGUGCAGAGAGAAAAGACCCAAGGAAUGGACAAGGGGUUGUUCAAAGAGGAAAUGGGGCUGAAGCUCAUAGGACAGGUAAUGCUCAGUUUGGAUUUGGGUACAGGAGACAACCAGUGCAGCACGCACCUGGGCAAAGGACACCUGGAUCUAAUGGUAGUAGGAUAGGUGGUAAUGGCCAGCCAAGGCCAACAAAUAUCAGGACAGGAAGCUUACCAAGGUCCGGAAAGGCUAGUCUUGAAGGAUCACUGUCUGCUUCUGAAAGCCCAAGUUCCGAUCGGCAACGUUCGCCUCGAAGCUCCGAGUCACAUUACAUGAGGACUAGUGAUAAAUCACCAAGAGGUGAAAGCGGAACAGGUGGCAGGAGCUCAAAGGUUACCAGUCCAGGAAAGUUGGAUGGCUCAGGGAUUCAAUCUCCAGGGGAGGGUCUCAGAUAUGGCUCUCUCAAGCGAAGCCAGAUAAAGUCCCAUGGACAGAUUGCCAGACACAUAAUGCAGGAACUAAAAAGUGGUUCUUCUUCAGGCCAGAUUGAUUCCAAGAGCAAGUCACAAGCUCUUAAGAACUUGUUCGGAAGAGGAACUCGCGACUCAGGGAUCGAAGACACCAUCAUAUCCAAUCCCCAUGCGCAAUUCUGCAAAGAGAACACUGUCUUAGACAUGAGCAAUAGGCAUGGUGCAAUGAGCGAUAGCGAACACAGUAUGUCGUACAUUACGAGUCCUCAAAGUAUACGACGGCGUUCGCAGAACUCUUCACUUAACGAUAGCAUAUUAAAAACCUCGCCAUUCUCAGACUCUCCGCCUCGAUACAGUGGAUAUGUCAGUGAUGGCUAUGCCUCAAUACAGAUAGGUGGACUAUCUUCCCUCCAUACAGCUGGCAUCAACUCUCCGUACCUCCGGAGCAACAAUAAUCGUGCUAACGCGUCCAGCAUGAAGCAAUCAGACAGCAUGGAGUCGAUCGAGUCCACCACAUCCAGCGCGAUGAGCGUCUCCAGUCACGCUGCCAGUGAGCGCUACGGCCCCACCCAGCCCAAUGCCUCAGGGAACGUUAUGCGAAGCAAUAGCACCAGGUCUAACUUCUCAGAGAAGUCUCUGCGGUCAAACCAGGGACUCACCGAGAAGGACCUGGAGGACAUGGCCUGGCUCAGGGCCGGCAACUUUGGACUUCUGUCGGGGGAGAAGAGCGGAUCCAUCUCUCCGACAGGGUCUACUGUCUCUCAGCCUCCCAUUGGCUACUUCCCGGCUGCAACCUCAGCCAUCAGUUCUACCUCAAUGGUCCGUUCUAAUAGUAUGUCCGCCAAUGCCUUCACACAACCGUUCACCAACAGAGUACGCAAUGGAUCGGUUUCGCUGGACGAACGCCAGCGGGCGGCCCUCAGCAUGGGCGUUCUGAGCAACGAGGGCGCCGAGGAGCUCACCGGAUCCUCUCUAUCCCUUGUCUCGACGUCGUCAUCUCUGUACUCGACGGCCGAGGACAGAGCAGCUUCUGAAAUCAGGAGACUAAGGAGAGAGUUGGAGAGGGAGCAAGGACGGGUCGGAAACCUGUCGUCUCAACUCAACAAUAAUGUAAGUCAAAAUUACAGUGUCCCAUUUUCCUGCUACCCCCCCCCCCCCUCCCACCUGGUAUCCUAUUUCUGGGGGAUUUUGUAAUGUUGUGAUGGUCAGUUAUGGAUGUAUUGGGUUCUAGAACAACAUAAUUGUGCAAGUAAUGAAGAUUUAAAAGAGAGAAAAAGGUAGAAUAAAAGAGAAUAUAGAAGAUUGUCAAAAAGAGAGGUCUUGGUCAUAUGUCAUCUAAAUGUACAUUGCUCCUUCCAUUCAAGACGGAAAAAAAGGCUACUGCAUUGAUGUCAUCUUACCCCCUCCCCCAUUAAAAUGUACCCUUGUAUAGCCCCUGGGUUGGCAAAUUGUCCUCAAGGAUUUGUUGAUUUUGUAUUUUAUUAGGGAGAAUAUCUAUCCAGGAAUUGCUUCUCUAAAUG